CAGAGGUUGAGACCCUACUAACAUGGCCGAGCUCACCGUUUUGAUGGCAGGGAAGAUGUGGGAUGACACGGAGGUGGAGCGAGAAUUGUUCGCCAAUGUUACUCAUCCUCGACCCGUCAAGUUCAUCAUGGGUAAUUUGGCGCCUGGGGAGCCGAUAAGCCUGAUCCCGGAUGAAAUAACCCAGGUGGUCGAUGGUCUUUUCAUCUGGCGAAACCAACUUCGAGCUGCGGACAUUGCUCGUUUUCCGAAAUUGAAAGUGGUCGUACGUUGUGGAGUAGGAUACGACGUUAUCGAUCGUGUCGAAUGUGAAAAGAGGGGGAUCAAAGUGACCAACGUUCCAGAACCCGCCAUCAUCGACGUAGCCGACCACACACUCGCUUUGGUCCUCUCGCUCCGACGUGGGAUCCUGCUUCAUCACGACCUUCAACGUCGUGCUUUCCCUUGGAGUUUCCUAGACGGACCUCCUCCCAAAUUACUUGAAACCCCCUUAUCUGGUCCGUUGGUACAACGCCCACGAGGGAGGACGUUUGGGAUUGUCGGACUGGGUAGGAUAGGAAAAGCGGUGGGAUUACGUGCUCAGGCUUUUGGAUAUAAGGUACUAUUCUACGACCCGUUAUUACCAAGCGGUACAGACCUCUCAUUCUCUUUCACGCGUACUCGUUCCCUCCCUCAACUAUUCUCAUCAUCCGACAUUAUCUCCCUCCACUGUCCUCUCACUCCUCAAACUCUCAAUUUAGUCGAUCAUAAAGCACUAGAAGACUUGCGGCCAGGUGCUAUACUCAUCAACACUUCUCGUGGUCCCGUGGUGAACCUCGACGCGGUACACGACUCUCUCAAAGCGGGAAAAUUAGCAGCUGCCGCAUUGGACGUUUUACCUACCGAACCGCCAGACGCUUCUCAUCCCCUCAUCAAAGCGUAUAGGGAUAGAGAAGAUUGGUUAGUGGGUAGAUUAGUCAUCACUCCUCAUGUGGCGUUUUACUCUCCUGAAGCUAGAGAGGAUAUGAGGGUUUUGGCUGCGCAGACUAUGGUGGAUGUUUUGUUGGAUGGUUUGGAGACGAAUGUCAUACCUCCUUCUGCUUACUGAGGGGUAUAUAAGAGAUUUCGGUUCAGAACUGUGUCGGUGGAGUCAGAGAGGUACAAGACUUGAUCGUGAUCUGUCUUGGGUCUUAUGUCAUCUGCCAAAACAUACUCGGAGGACUUCCGAGGGCUUCAGGUUAUAAGUUGUCAUGCAAAAAGUGUCGUCAA